GUAUUUGUUAUGGUAUUUGUUCUUGUAUUCGUAUUGGUUACGACUCAAACAGACGUCGUCGAGCAGUGACAUAUGGAUUUUAUUUUGAAAGGUGAAGCAAAAAGCUUACCCCCUCGCUAGCCUAACACUAGUUGUGAUGUUAGCCUGUUUUCUUGGACACUCCUAGCGCUUAUCCCAGAGCCCUGGUAAUUUCCUCAACCCCCCUCAGGAAACCAUGGCCGAGCAGGCCUCGGGACCCCCUCUGUCGUCCCAACAUGACGAGGUGCUCCAGCAGCGAGUGGCCGCUUUGGAGCAGGAGAGGGCCGAGUUCAUCAAACUCAAGCAGCAGCUGGAGGCCGAGUUCAACCAUAAACGAGCCAAAUUCAAAGAGCUCUACCUGUCUAAGGAAGAGGAGCUGAAGAGGCAGAACGUGGUGCUGGAGGGCGCCCAGGUCGAGCUGAGCGCCCUCCAGGCCCAGCUGUCUCAGGCCCGGACCGAGAUGGAGACCAUCAAAGCGGUAGCCACCGUGUCAGAAAACACCAAGCAGGAAGCCAUAGACCAGGUCCGCAGCCAGUGGCAGGAGGAUGUGGCCUCGCUGCAGGCCAUCAUGAAAGAAACUGUGUGCGAGUACGAGGUCCAGUUCCACCAGCGUCUGGAGCAGGAGCGAGCUCAGUGGAACCAGUACCGGGAGGCAGUGGAGAGGGAACUGGGUGAGCUGAGACGCCGCCUCACUGAGGGCCAGGAGGAGGAGAACCUGGAGGACGAAAUGAAAAAAGCCCAGGAGGAUGCGGAAAAGCUGCGUUCAGUGGUGAUGCCCAUGGAGCAUGAGAUCGCAGCCCUGAAAGCCAAGCUGACUACAGCUGAGGACAGGGUGAAGGAGCUAGAGGCCUCUAAGGUCAAGGAGCUCAAUCACGUUCUUGAGGCUGAGAAGUCGUGUCGUACGGACCUGGAGAUGUAUGUAGCCGUGUUGAACACUCAGAAGUCUGUCCUGCAGGAAGAUGCGGAGAAACUACGGAAAGAGCUCCACGAAGUCUGUCACAAGCUGGAGUUGGAGCGGCAGCAGCACAACCAGCUGAAACACACAUGGCAGAGAGCCAACGACCAGUUCCUCGAGUCCCAGCGCCUCCUCAUGAGGGACAUGCAGAGGAUAGAGAGCGUGCUGUCCUCAGAACAGCUCCGCCAGGUAGAGGAGAUGAAGAAGAAAGACCAGGAGGAGGAUGAGAAAGAGCGAAUGAUCCAAGUGAAGGAGCUGCAAGAGGAGGAUGUGGGAGAUAACACCGAGCCUCUUGAGGAUUUAUUCCUCGGGCUGAGCGUCGAGGAGCCCCAUGCCAACCACAGCAGCCAUGGCUCUAUGCACUCCUUAGACACUGAUGUGGUGGCAGGCAGCCCCAUGGACCCAUACAAGGAAAACCUGCGGAGAGUUCAGUCAACAGACAGCCUCGGCUCCUCGCUGUCCGUUCAGCAGGGCCUCGGCGGCCACAACCACAAGGCCAAGUCGGCCAGCCACUUGGACGAGUCAGACUUUGGGCCCUUGGUGGGGGCUGACUGCGGGGUGACGGACAGUAGUUUUGGUGAAACUUCAUCCAUCAGCUCCAUCAAGCUGACGGCGAGCCACUUCCUGCUCACUAAAGACCAGGAGAAAGCCAUCAAGGCCAUGACGCCCGAGCAGGAGGAGACGGCGUCGCUGCUGUCCAGCAUCUCCCACGCACCUGACAGUGCUUACUUAUCGCCGGCAGGCUACAGACUCGUCAGCGACAGCGAGUGGAACCUGCUGCAGCAAGAGGUGAAAAAUGCGGGCAGGAAGCUUGGCCGACGUUGUGACAUGUGCUCCAACUACGAGAAGCAGCUGCAGGCCAUCCAAGGACAAGAGGCCGAGACACGAGAUCAGGUGAAGAAACUGCAGGUGAUGCUACGUCAGGCCAAUGAUCAGCUGGAAAGAACGAUGACUGAGAAACAGAAUUUGGAAGAUUCGGUCAAAGUCGGCAAUGAGGAAACCGCUGCAAAGGUGUCCGCUCUCAUCCAAAGAGUCCAGGAGUCAGAAACGCUGCUCAGCACACUACAACAGGCCUUCAGUGAAGCCAAAAGGAACACACAGGAACAGAUGGUGGUGCUGGUGAAGUCAAGGGAGCAGGUGGCAGAUGAACUUAGCCGACUGCAGAGAGACAACGAGAGCCUGCAGGGAAAACACAGGCUGCACGUAGAACUGCAGCAACAAGAGGACUUCCAGAUGCCUAACACUGUGCAAGAGCUUCAUGGCCUUGUGCUGCUGUUACGUGAGGACCUGGUGGCGUUACGGACGUCCGCCGAUCACAUGGAAGAGAAGCUGAAAGCUGAGAUUCUGUUUCUGAAGGAGCAGAACCAGGCGGAGCAGUGUCUGAAGGAGAACCUGGAGGAAACUCUGCAGCUGGAGAUUGAGGGCUGUAAGGAGGAGAUAGACAUCUUGGAAGCAUCUUUCUCCAGUCUGAAGACGGAGCUGGAGCGAAUAAAGGUGGAGAAGGAACAGUUGCAGAGCAGUCUGGCAGAGAAGACUGAGACACUGGAAAGUAUCCAGGGCCUGAGGAUCCGCCUGGAGCAUCAGCUCAGAGAGCUCACCACUGCAAAGAGUGCACUAGAGAAUCAGGUGUUUGAUGAGAAAGACAAAGCUCAGCGGCUGCAAACAGAGCUGGAUGUCAGUGAGCAGGUGCAGAAGGACUUUGUCAAACUUUCUCAGACCCUUCAGGUACAGCUGGAGCGAAUACGACAGGCGGACUCCUUGGAUCGAAUCAAAGUCAUCCUCAAUGACACCAACUUGACUGACAUCAACCAGCUUCCAGAUACAUGAUGCCACUGAAUGAAAACUGCCUUCAGUUGCAUUCCCCCUUCUUUCUCUUAUCACUGGCCCCAUUAACAUUAUUGAUCCAACCCUCCCCCCUCCCCCAUAACCACCACAGACGAAGAGUUUGGAGGGACUGACAUGGCAUGAGGAGCCUCUUUGUGUACCAUUAAGAGUCUUGGAACACAUGGAUAGAAUAAUGAAGAAGAACACUACUAAAAAAAAUGUAAAUAACUAAAUGUGUGACUAUGAACAGAGGGAGUCCAUCUUCCUGUGGGUCUGUCUGUGUCUUGUUUCUACUGUAGAUAUAUGACUGUCUGUAUUAGCUCAACCAAAAAAAAGGUUUGUCGUCUUCUAAAAGCACUUUUCAUCUGCAACUUCUCUUUCCAGGUAAAUAUAGAAAACAGGAUGCAUAACUUUUCUCCUUCUUGUUCUCAAAGCGGUUGAUAAUCGCUUCCUUGUUCCACUUACUUGUUCCACCCCCCCUCCCCACCCCAUCCACACCUUUUUGGCUAUUUUUCUGUGACAUUUUCCACCUCGUUCUUGUCAUUUAACCCUGUGACAAAGACAUGAAGGAGAUUCAUGGAAAAUACUUGCACGUAACUUAACCGAGAUGAAAAAAGCAACACCAUUUGAGCAAUACCCUCCAUUUCUGAAGCAUCCUCGACUGUAUCUUGCUUCGUUCUUGUUCUUAACGUCUCACAGAAGUCUUUUUCUUCUUGUUAUUUAAAGCUGCUGAAAUACAGUGAAGAAACAUU